GAGCAGCCGGCCACAACACGGCUAACUCUGCGGCGGUCGGCUAGUUUAGCUGUAGUUUGGCACAGCUAUGGUUCGUUAUUGCGUGUUUCCAAAUUGUCCGAACAAAAUGACCAAUUGGACGAAGCUCAGCUUCCACAGGCUUCCUCUCCGCAACCUGGCAUUACUGAAGCUCUGGCUAGCUGCGCUGAAAAUGGACCCGAAUACUGAAGUGGAAGCAUUGAGAUGUGCGGAUCAUCGGGUUUGCAGUGCUCACUUCACGCCGGAUGACUUUUUUCCUCCAAAGCCAAUGAUAGAAGGCCAGAAAAUUCAGCGUCUCAACCUCAGGAAGAAUGCUAUCCCGAUGGCUGCAGAAGGCACAACAGACACAACGGAGGAAAGUGCCAGUGGUGACGUACAUUUUCCUGAACCAGACUUCUCUGGCUCCGCAUCCUCCUUUCAACGAGCUCCUCGUCCGUGUACUCUGGCUCAAAAUGAGAGCUGUAAGAUGGCAAGUACAGCAGUUGUGAUUCCAGACUCAGCCCAUGAUAAAUCCAGCCGCUUUUACUUGGUGACCUGGGUCAACAACCUGCUGAAGACAAGCUUCAAAGAUGUGCGGCAGAUGGGUUCAGGUGCAUGCCACUGUCAGAUCAUGGACUGCGUUAUUCCUGGCUCUGUUGACCUCACCAAGGUGAAGUUUGAUGCACAAGGUGAGGACUGUAAGCACAACUUCAGUCUCCUUCAUGAGGCCUUCAGCAAGAACGGGAUCACAAGGACCAUUCCAGUGGAAGAGCUCAUAAAAGGGGAUUUUAAAAGCAACUUUGAGACCCUGAAGUGGUUCAAAACUUUCUACACGGAAAAUGUGAAGAGUGAAGAAUACGACCCCGUGAAAGCUCGGCACAGCCAUGAUAUCAUCCCCAUUGUGGCAUCUCCCCAAUCAUGGAAUUUUAAAAUGGAAUCAGGCAGGGAAGAGAACGGCACUGAAAUGACCAAAGCAUCUAACUCUUACACUGAAACAUGGAAGGAUAUUUUUGAUUGGGCUGACCGUAGUACUCUUGGAGAGCACUAUACCUACUGUCGCACGUGUGACAGGAACCUGAGCACAUUUCAUAAAGGCCUUAAUGAACUCAGGCGACAUGUGGAAACAUCCAAACACAAGAAAAGGAGUCAGAUUUCCGAGAGCCUACAAAACCAACUCUCCGAGCCACUGCCCUGUAGCGACGCAGCCAUUCGGUUUAUCUACAAACACUGUUACACCGGCUCUGCUAAAGGUGAUAAGGUGUCUAGACGCUUUGCACGCCGUAAGCUGGGGUUGCAGUACCCCAAAGAUAUCACAUCUGUUUGCCAGCACACUCCUUACUGUGUUUACAUUUAUGGAGGGGUAACACUGGGAAAGGAUGACACUGUCUCUGUGGUCCUUGUUGGGUUUUUUGAUGUUGAAGCCUCCAGGCACUGCAUCCGAUUUCUGGAUGCUCUUCAGUCAGUGGGUGGUGCAGGAGAUCAAACAGCAGUGAUGGAGACCUUGAAGAAAUUCGAGUUACCGACACAUAAUCUUGUCGCUGUUUAUUCUAACGGUAAUGACGCGGCCUCAGAGCAGAUCUGCUCGCAGCUCAGGGAUCUCAACCCGAACAUAGUAGCCUUAGGAAGGCUGUACACCAUUGCUGAUGCUGCUUGCAAUGCAGGGGUUAAGGAGCUCUCCAAUCAGGCUCAAGAGUUGAUGGUAGAUAUCCAUGCCCACUACUCCUCCUGCUCCACCAAGAACAGCAACCUCGAGGCUCUUUUUGGCUCAGAAGUCAAUGUGUACAGUUCAUCAUUUCAUCUAAACACCAGCUGCCUUAAGUCUGUCACAAAAAUCCUGGAAAUAUGGACGGAUCUCAUAUCGUACUUUAAGUCUUGCGACAAGGACGACAUAAAAGCCAAGUUAAUCUGCUCUCAGCUGCAGGAUCCCAAAGUCAGGGCGACGUUUAUGUUCCUGGAGCAGGCCCUGAAUCCUCUGCACAGCUUCCAAAGACAUCUGCAGACAGACGAGAGAGCUGCCCGUGCUGAUAUUCUGCUCAUCCUGGAAGAAGCCAGUAGCCUGCUCAGCACCUACACCUCCUACUUCCUUCAUCCUCAAGCUGCUGUUCGCUUCCUCAAAGAGCAUGAUGCCCAAAUUCUUAAGAACAAGAAAUUCCACCUGUUGAGCCCUGAGCUCAGUCUGGGUGGGAAAUCCGUGGAGGACUUCCUGAAUGAGUCUGAGGCUGCGGAGGCACUGCCGCUACUAAAAGAGGAGGUGUUGUCUUUCUACAUCGCACUCACAGGUUGCAUUAUGGAGCAGCUGCCUUUAAGUGAGGGAGUGCUAAGGAGCGCAGCCCAACUGCUGAACCCCCAGAGCAGGCUGAAAGUGACAGGGAAGGCGGUAGGGGAGCUUGGGACCAAACUGGGAAUCUGCAGCUCCCCCGGGGAGGCCAAGCAGCUCACGACUGAGUUCCUUGAGUAUCAGCUGGUUGAGGAAGGAGAGAGCAACGAGGGAGAGAAGGACAACUCAGCAGUGGUUUCACUGGAGACACACUGGGCCAGCGUCCUGAAGGACACCAAGCCGACCUCAGUCUUCCGGAAGCUUGUUUUGACCCUGUUGUCUCUCCCCUGUCCUCCACUGGAAUCUCAGCAGGUUUUUACUCAGGCCCUGGAGAAUGAUGACGAUACUCUGUUCUCCGAGAGUGAAGCCUUAACAGAAAGCGAGUCAGAUAUCACAUCCGACAGCGCUCUCUCUGACAACACCAGCAGGAACCAGUCCCUGAUUCACAAUGAAUGUAAAAAGAAGGAUACUCCAAUUGUGAAGCCGUGUGAAGUCCGCCUUACAAAGAUAAAGCAGCUGAGGCGUGAAAAUUUUGAUCUGUGCCAACAGGGGACCAGUAGGGGAAGUUUUGGCUGGGAGAGCAGCUUGCGCCAGACGCCACAGGCCCGUACAGUGUUUCAGGCUGGUGCUAGCAACUGGUCCAAACCUGUAAAUCUUGAUAAGGACAGCAAAAAGGGUCUGGAGUCCCAAGAGGUGGCAGAACAGGCAGAGACAUCACCACCCACUAAAUCUACACCAAAAGGACGACGGAAACAUGCCUACCAGGAUGGGAAAGGGUUUUUGUCCGGAGAACUUGUGUGGGGGAAAGUGAAGGGCUUCUCCUGGUGGCCCGGGCUGGUGAUCCCUUGGAAAACCAAGUCAGCUCCCCCGGGUAUGCGGAGGGUGGAGUGGUUCGGCGACGGGAUGUUCUCAGAGAUUUAUACAGAGGGUCUGAUGCCAUUUAGUGCCUUCACCAAGUGCUUCUGCAAAAAUUCUUUUGCCAGCUUGCCCAUCUAUAAGGAAGCCAUCUUCCAGAUCAUCGAGUUGGCAGGUGAGCGAUGUGUCAAGUCUUUUGCUGAGGCGGGAGGAAAUAAAGACAAAGAGCUGAAGCUGAUGCUGGACUGGGCUUUUGAAGGAUUUCUGCCUACGGGACCUGAAGGAUUUUCCCCUCCGGAUGCUGCUCUACAUAACGAGUCUUCUGACUCUUCGAUGUCUGACUACCAGCCGCCGGCAAAAAGGAAAUAUGUUUUUAAAAAUAAGGCACAUGCAUCAGCCAUCAUUUGUAGCAGACAAUCAAUUCCAGAAAAUGUCAAAGGGAAAGGCAAAACAAUUGAAAAUUUUUGCUUGUCUUGUGGAUCGUCUGAGAUCGAAGUGCAGCACCCUUUGUUUGAAGGUGGUCUUUGUCUAAAAUGCAAGGAGAACUUCACAGAGACGCUGUAUCGCUACGAUGAAGAUGGCUACCAGUCGUAUUGCACCGUGUGCUGUGCCGGCCAAGAGGUCAUUCUGUGUGGCAACGCCAGCUGCUGCAGGUGUUUUUGUAAGGACUGCCUGGAUAUCCUGGUGGGCCCGGGAACCUUUGACACGCUGAAAGAUGUUGAUCCCUGGAGCUGCUACAUUUGCAAGCCUUCACAGUGUGGCGGAAACCUCAAACUCAGACCGGACUGGAGUGUGAGGGUUCAAGACUUCUUUGCCAACAACAGCGCCAUGGAGUUUGAGCCUCACAGAGUUUACCCCUCCAUCCCUGCUGAUCAGCGCAGACCAAUGAAGGUGCUCUCGCUUUUUGACGGCAUUGCAACAGGAUACCUGGUGCUCAAAGACCUGGGCCUCAAGAUUGAGCGCUACCUUGCAUCUGAGAUUUGUGAGGAUUCGAUCGCCGUGGGGAUGAUCAAGCACGAGGGAAAGAUCGAAUAUGUCAAUGAUGUUCGCACCAUCACAAGGAAACAUCUGGCUGAAUGGGGCCCAUUUGAUCUUCUGAUUGGAGGCAGUCCGUGUAAUGACCUGUCCAUGGUCAACCCUCUUCGAAAAGGAUUAUUUGAGGGCACUGGAAGGCUCUUUUUCGAGUUCUACCGCAUAUUGACCAUGCUGAAGCCGAAGGAGGGUGACGACCGUCCAUUCUUCUGGUUGUUUGAGAACGUGGUUUUCAUGAGUGCCAACGACAAGUCAGAUAUCUGCAGAUUCCUUGAGUGUAAUCCAAUUCUUAUCGAUGCAGUAAGAGUCAGUCCUGCUCACAGAGCGCGCUACUUUUGGGGAAACCUCCCUGGCAUGAACAGACCUCUCGCUACAGCUCUAGAUGACAAAGUGGCCCUACAGGAUUGUUUGGAAGUUGGACGGAUGGCAAAGUUUGACAAAGUCCGCACCAUCACGACAAAGUCUAACUCUAUACGGCAGGGCAAGAUGGGACCACUGCCUGUCAACAUGAACGGCAAGGAGGACUACCUGUGGUGCACCGAAUUAGAACAGAUCUUUGGCUUUCCCAAACACUACACGGAUGUGAACAACAUGGGCCGUAUGCAGAGGCAGAAAGUCCUGGGUCGCUCCUGGAGUGUCCCUGUCAUCCGUCACCUCUUCGCUCCGCUGAAGGAUUAUUUUGAAUGUGAAUAACGACUGUGAACCGACUCUUCGUUCUCGAAUCAGAGCAGCAGCGGUAAACCUACUGCCUUAUCCUGCCCUGCGUUACCAGGUAGUUCAAACUCCCUUUCUGCCCCUAACAGACUCAAUUUAGUAUUUAAGAUUUUGACUUUUAGAAGCGAAUCCUGUGAGUUGUCGGUCAUCCACUAUCACCAGCAGGCACAGACACUUUUCAGUUUGUUCUAUUUUCAGGUUCCCUUUGAUCAAUGAUCAAUGAUGGCGAUGUGAUCAAACAAUAAUGUUGCUCAGAACAUGGGCCUGAAUCACGAAGCCAGAUUAACCAGCUAUGUUUGGGCUUAACUCAGGUUUUCCAGGAUCAUUAAGCUGGUUCACGUUUAAUAAAUCACCAUGGUAACCUAACCUGCCUAAUCCAGAACAGUUCUAUUACUGACCGGUCAGCUCAGUGGAAGGAUGGAGUCGUCUCUCCUGCAUGAUCCUGACAGGAAACACUGUGAUAAAGUUACAACAGAUACAUUUUUACACAGCAGGAGAAUCGUCUACCGUGAUAAUCAUGUCGGGGAGAGAAGAAUAAUUUUUGCGAGAUUAAGACAGGACUUUUAAUUAACAGCGAGAUAGUUACCACACUAUCAUCUUAAUGAAUGGCGAUUUUAGAUGCAAACACUCUUUUUAAUUAGCUCAGUAUAAUGUGAAUGGACAUUUUGUCAGGUGGACCUUAAUCAGCUAUAAUCAAUGAUUUUACAUAAACAGUGGAUCAGACCGUGGUGUCAUCACCCGACUCCGCAGUUCAGAGCGUUUUAGCAUCUUUCAGCUCAUUGUUUUGUUUUGUUGACUCACAACUCCAUUGGAGUUGGUUUGGUUCGCUCUUACCGCUCAUAGCGUCGAUUUCUGCUUCAGCUGGCAGCUGUUUUCAGCGGAAAGGCUCUAAUACCCCUCCGUGUGCUACCUGCUUAUCACCAGACAACAGACAGCACAGUUAGCGACUAGCUGGUGAACAUAGCAGAGCAUAGAGCAGCUAAAAGCCAGAUAUUUACCUCAGGAGUAGAGACCAAACCAGAGCUAAAAAGUAAUUAAAUAUUGGCCUUUUAUUCAUCAGGUGACUAGAAACACAAUGCUGAAUGUGUUUCAUAUCUGUGUAAAUAAGCAUUGUUUACCAACAAUGUUUAUACCUUGUUUUUGCUGCCCCCAAGUGGCCAAAAAUCUUCAUCAUUAGACAAAAACACCAGCGUGUCACCAUUGUAGACUACUGAACAUGUUGAAAAUGCCUUAUUGUAAUAUCUGCACUCACCAGUGUUAGACUCAGUGACCCAAAGACAGCUGUUGAACUUGCUUCGUGGUGCAGGCCCCAGGUCUCUACCUCAACACUGACUUAUUGGUUAAACAUCUGAUGUUAGUUUUCUUUCUCCUGUAUUUAAUUUAUGUGUAUAAUUUUUUUUUUUACAUUCUUUCUUUGUGAUCUGGAUUUUAUAAUUUUUUAUUGCAUAAUCUUACAAUGAAUUCUAUGUCUGAUGUCUGAUGAUCAUGUUAAUCAUUAGCUGUGAUUAAUUUGUUUAAGUGAAUCAACUGGCCAAUUUUUUGAUCCAGUCUUUUAACAUUUUUUAUCCAAACUACAUUCAUCUCACUGUGGUGCGCCAGUGAUUUUGUCCAAAAUUACCUCACUGGAUUUGCACAUUUUAUCUAUUUUAAGGAAAACUAUUUAUGCAAGACCAAAAAAAUGAUGUGUCUACUCAUCAAGAACAAACUGUCAUGGGUGUCAUUAAUAUUUCAACUGGAGUGUUUUCAAUAUUACUGCAGUAAAAACGAUACUGCAGAGGUCUGACUGAAACAUAAUGUGCUGUGUCUUCUAACGUAGGAUCACAACAAUGGUUUUGCGCAUCUUAAUAACAAAGUUUGUACACCAUAAAACAAAAAAGCCGACCAUAUUUACAACAUAUGUGAGCUGGAACUUGGGAAAGCCGAGGCACGCUGCUUGGUUUAAGUGUGAAAAAGCCUUAACUUUCCUUUUUUAAAAACAAACAAUAAAACACACACACACACACACACACACACACACACACACACACACACACA